AUGGAAGCGGAUCCUAGGAGAAGUGUCCUCUAUGUAGCGCAAAUGAGUGGAUGCUCAAGAUCGACCACUCAUCGUAUCCUUCAAGAGAGAAUACUGCAUCCUUACCAUUACACGAGAGUGCAGCAUCUGCGACCAACCGACUACCCGCGACGAGUACAUUUUGCUCAAUGGUUUUUGCGACAAAAUGAACUAAAUCCUGAUUUUUCACGGCGCAUUCUUUUCACCGACGAAUGUUCAUUUUCCCGAGAAGGAAUGUUUAAUGCACACAAUUGGCACUUCUGGGCACACGAAAAUCCACAUCUCACUAGGGUGAGAGCGUAUCAGGAGCGAUUUACUAUUAAUCUAUGGGCUGGAAUCAUUGGUACUACUGUGGUGGGGCCGUUUGUGUUACCUGAUCACCUUAAUGGGGAGGCAUAUGCUAAUUUUCUACGACUAGAGCUUCCGGCGUUGUUGGAAGACGUUCCUUUGAAUGUACGGCGGAAUAUGUGGUUUCAGCACAACGGCGCUCCUCCACAUAAUUCGAUACUUGCACGGCGAACAUUGAAAAGAGUCUAUCUAUCUAUGUUAAAUAAUAUACAACACAACAUAAUGCGACGAGCUAGAACUGGCAUUGAAGUUAAUGGUGAUCAUUUUGAGCACAUUGUUUAAUAACGUUACAGUACAAAGAUUCCGGCCCAUAGAUUAAUAGUAUUGCUCUUGAUAUGCUCUCACGUUAGCUAAAUGUGGAUUUUCGUUUGCCCAGAAGUGCCAGUUGUGCGCAUUAAAUAUUCACAUGCUGGUCAAGGAGCCGAUGAUUGGGGAAAAGACCUGUAUAUUCGCACACAGCAGUGGCUGCAUAGCGUUUACAUUCUCCAUAAAUUAACAUCAUUUCCAAAUAUUCUUUAUACUAGUAUGAAUAAGACAUCAGUGACUUAGUGGUAUUGGUACUGAUUUGUUUAUAGUUUGUAUUGUUCUUAAAAAAAAAUGCAACUACA